AUGGUAGAUAGUGACCCGAGAACCAUAGCAACGGAGCAGACCCCUCUGCUUCGUGAUGCUGACCCCGCCAGCUCCCCCGCAGAAAAUCAGGAACCACUGGCCGAGGAGGCCACCACCAAGGAGCUACUGCUCAUCCUGGGGAGUAUUUGGCUGGGAGUUUUCUUAGCGGCAUUAGAUACUACCAUUGUCGCGACAUUAUCUGCCCCCAUAUCUUCCUCAUUCAAUUCGUUCUCUCUAAUUUCAUGGCUUGCUACAUCAUACCUCAUCUCAAAUGCCGCCUGUCAGCCCCUGAGCGGCCGACUGACCGAUAUAUACUCGCGCCGUUGGGGCUUGGUCUUUUCCAAUGUUUUCUUCGCUCUUGGUAAUCUGAUAUGCGGAUUGGCGAAAACAGAAUGGGUCAUGAUCCUAGGCCGAGUGGUGGCGGGUAUCGGAGGGGGUGGUCUCACAGCUAUCUCAACCUUUGUAACGUCGGAUCUGGUUCCUCUUCGAAAGAGAGGUGUCUGGCAAGGUAUUGGUAACCUCUGUUACGGCGCUGGCAGUGGCCUUGGAGGCGUUUUUGGUGGAUGGGUGAAUGACACCUUGGGUUGGAGAUGGGCUUUCUUAAUCCAGGUCCCUUUCCUAGUUAUAUCGUGUAUCUUGGUCGCAACCAAGGUCAAUAUACCCGUGAAGGAAACCGAUCAGGCCCGGAUCAAGCGCGUUGACUUCCUUGGUGCUAUUACCCUGGUCCUUACUUUGGUUACACUGCUGAUUGGGCUAAACACGGGUGGUAACCAGGUGCCAUGGACACACCCUGUGGUUCUCACCUCUCUGCCUCUGUCCGCUGUUUUCCUGGGCAUUUUCAUUUAUGUCGAGGCUUGUGUCGUGUUGGAACCCAUAAUUCCUGUCCGACUCCUUCUAGACCGAACGGUAGCGGCGGCUUGUCUGACAAAUUGGUUUACUACCAUGUCAGUCUUUGGUCUACUUUUCUACCUCCCGCUUUACUUCCAAGUGCAGGGGCUUUCGGCGACAGCAGCAGGCGUACGCUUGAUCCCACAAGCCCUAGGUACAUCUAUUGGGUCAUUGGGCUGUGGAGUUAUAAUGCGAGCCAGUGGCCGUUACAAACUCCUCAAUGUGGUGGCCAUGGCGUUACAGAUGACAUCGGGGGCACUGAUCUGCACUUUGAACCUUGCCACUCCUGCAUGGCUGCCCUUUGUCUACUUCUUUUUAGGAGGAAUUGCAUAUGGCAGUAUGCUGACUAUUACAUUGGUCGCCUUGAUAUCGGCAGUGGAUCAUAAGCACCAUGCAGUGGUAACCUCUGCAUCGUACGCUUUCCGUAGUACCGGAAGUACGAUCGGCAUUACUAUUGCCUCGACUGUAUUCCAGAACACUUUGAAGACGGGUCUGUGGUCCCGCUUUGGUGAACGCCAAAAUGCAGCAGAGUGGAUAUCUCGGAUUCGGGAUAGCUUGGACGAAAUUCGACGUCUCCCCGGAGACUGGAAACCAGGAGUGUUGGAUGCAUAUAUGGUGUCGCUUCGCGCAGUGUUUUUGACUUUGUUGGGACUAACUAUAUUGGGGGCAAUCUCCAGUAUAGGCAUGAGGGAGCACAAACUACAUAACAACCUGUCUCGACGAUAG